GCAAACGUCUGUUGUCCGCCAUUUUGUUAUUGACUUGUCAGGUGGGGAAUGUUGCUCUGUGAUGGAGGCCGAUUUUUAAUGCUGGAUAAAAGUCAUAAAGGAUCGUCUGUGCAUUGUUCCGCGCCUUUCAAAGAAUAAUUACCAACACAACAUUCUGCAAAGGUAAAAUUGGCUGAUGGAUUCAUUUCUUUAGAAGAAGAUGAGACGAAGAGGAUUUAAAACAAGGAGCUCAGCAACAGUGUCAGCCAUCCAAAAGUUGGAGUCUUCAGUUUCCUCUCUGUCUGCCACGAUCCACUUGAUCAAGCUCGCAACUUUUUCUUCCGUCUGAAAGUGAUUAGAGGUGUGAGUGCACGGGGGGCUCCCUGGCGGAAGAGCUGGAGGGCUGAUGAUGGAUCUAAAGGAGAGCUGUGGCAGUCAGGGGAGCCAAGAGAGCUCCAGCCUGCACCCAACCUCCUGGCAGGCCUUUGCUCACACCAGCACGCUGCACGGCCUGCGCUUCAUCUUCCCUUAUGGUCAACCCAGCGUGCGCCGCUUGCUCUGGGCUCUGGCUCUGCUGGCCUGCGUGGGACUGUUAGCCCUAGAGAGCGCCGAACGCUUGGCCUAUUUCCUCUCCUACCCUCAUGUGACCAGCGUGGACGCUGUGGUCUCGAGCAGCCUGGUCUUUCCCGCUGUGACCAUUUGUAACCUCAAUGCCUACCGCUUCAGCCGCCUCACGCGCAACGAUCUAUACCAUGCGGGAGAGUUGCUGGCAUUGCUUGAUGUGCACCUGACAAUCCCCCAGCCGCACCUGGCUGAGCCUGAUGUGCUGGCUUUCCUGCAGGAAAAAGCCAACUUCACUGCCUACAAGCCCAAAGCGUUCAGCAUGAAAGAGUUCAUGGAGAGGGUGGGCCACGACCUCAAAGAGAUGAUGCUCUACUGCCGCUACCAAGGCCAGGAGUGCAGCCACAGCGACUUCAAAACGAUGCAGCAGCAGCUGACUCUUCACGGUGCAGUUUCGACAGCUGAGGGACGUCUCACACGAGAAGUCAGCCGUCAAGGCCAACAGGAUGGACAUGCUGCCCCUUACCAACUGUUAAAUGCGGUGUUCACCAGGUAUGGGAAGUGCUACAUGUUCAACGCUGACGAGGACGGGAAGACACUCCGCACCACCAUGAAGGGAGGGACGGGAAACGGCCUGGAGAUCAUGCUGGACAUCCAGCAGGACGAGUACCUGCCGGUGUGGGGGGACACAGAGGAUACAGCUUUCGAGGCCGGCGUGCGGGUGCAGAUCCACAGCCAGGCGGAGCCCCCGUUUGUCCACGAGCUCGGCUUCGGCGUGGCCCCCGGCUUCCAGACUUUUGUAGCCACUCAGGAGCAGCGGCUGACCUACCUGCCUCCCCCGUGGGGAGAGUGCGAAUCGAAGGCUCUGGAGUCUGGCUUCUUCCAAGUGUACAGUGUGACCGCCUGCAGGAUCGACUGUGAGACGCGCUACAUUGUGGAGAACUGCAACUGCAGGAUGGUGCACAUGCCCGGAGAUGCUUCUUACUGCACACCUGAGCAGUACAAAGACUGUGCUGAGCCUGCCCUGGCUAAACUGUCGGCUGUGGAGAGCAGCAAUUGCAUGUGCCGAACGCCGUGCAACAUGACCCGCUACAACAAAGAGCUGUCUAUGGUCAAAAUCCCCAGCAAGACAUCGGCCCGCUACCUGCAGAAGAAGUUCAACAAGUCGGAGAAGUACAUCACAGACAACAUCCUGGUGCUGGACGUGUUCUUUGAAGCACUCAACUACGAGACCAUCGAGCAGAAGAAAGCGUAUGAGGUGGCAGGUUUGCUGGGUGAUAUCGGCGGUCAGAUGGGUCUGUUCAUAGGAGCCAGCAUCCUCACCAUCUUAGAGCUCUUUGACUAUGCUUAUGAGGUGGUGAAAGACAGACUACUGGAUUUGCUGAGCAGAGAGGACGAGGAGGAGAGUCAUGGAGAGGAUGUGAGUUCCUGUGACCCGGUGGGGAACCACUCAGAGUCCAUCAGCCACACUGUGACAGUCCCCUUGCAGACAACACUGGGCACCCUGGAGGAGAUUGCCUGCUGAGGCCCUCCCCCCCUUCCCCUCCGAGCCACACGCGUCCAGAGGCUGCCUCCACUGGGUGGCGCUACGUCCUCUGUUAGGGCACCCUGCAGGACCUUAACGGGGGAGGGGAGGAGACGAGGACACGAACAGGGGCUGGUCAAAUGACAGCGCUGCGCUCUGUCUCACCGCCCUGUCUGAGGCAUUAAUGGGGAUUAAGGAGCUGUCAGCGCUGCUCUCUGUCACCCUGCACUGUACUGUGGUGGGAGGGUGGCCUCUGCUGUGCCAGACCUGCAGUGGGGUCUGUGUCCACACAUACCCUCACAAAUCUGAGACUGGGUGGGGCGGCCACCCAUAAAAGGGGACUUAUCCCUGUGCAGCGUAUCUGUGUAACAAACAUACUCAUAUGUCGGUCACUGCCAAAUGAACUGUACAGAAUUGGUUUUGAACUGUCCAAACUGCAUGCGUCAAUCUAUCUUGCUCUCUUUGCUGAUGCAUACGCUGGACUGCAGUGUUGCUUUACUGUACAUGUGUGCCAUUUGUCUCUCUAUCUGCAGGACAGGCCUGUGACAAGGGCCCUGGAUCAGAUAUCAAAACUUCGAAUGUACAGAUUGAACAUAUGGUUGUUUAAAAUCAUAGUUCAGACCCGACAAGUCCGUAGAGAAUCAAUUCUAAUGAGCGAUUCAUCAUUUUCUUGAAGCGGGGGGAAGGGGUAUGUGAUGUUUGGUCAUUACUGAGAGAGAGAAAAAACAAAAAAACACCUCAACACUUUCUUUGGAUUCCUGUUAGCCGAAUGAAAUCUGAACAUUUUGCGUAUCUUUUUUAACCUGUCAGUUUCAGUUAAAUCAGUUUAUUAAAAAAAAAAAAAAAAAAAAAAAAAGGCAUGUUUGCUGCGUGACGCCCGGGGUUUUCAAAAAGCUGCUCUCUCUCUCUACGGACGUCUUAAAAGGUGAUGUCCUACUCUUACCGUUAAUUUAUGUGAAUAAAUGACUGGCUCCUGGCUGCUGCACCUCACCGCAGCACCCGGCCAAGUGAGGCUGAAUACAAAACAGAGCAGCGGUUGAAUACGCCCAGGGUGUUGUUGAGCCAUUAUUUCAUGAAAGAGAAUGUCAGGGUGAUUUUUCAGACGGCUUAUUUAGGGAUGGCAUAAUUUUGUCCUUUAUAUAUAUAUAUAUAUAAAAAAAUACCCACUGUGGACGGUUUCUUAACAAUUUUCAUGAUUUAAAAAGUACAAAAGCACCAUGUGGAGGGUUCAGUCUUUUUUGGAUACAGGGUCUGCUGCAUUAUGGUGUAAAUAUCUGUGUUUUUUUUGUUUUUUUUUCUCAUAUAAACGGGUACCGUGCAGACACACCCCGAAGGAAAAACAACUCAAAAGAACAUCGGCUGAAGGUCGGGAAGUUGCUCCAUUUUUGUCGCAUUUUAUUCAAUAAUGGUAUAGGUGAGAAUGUUAUGUACCGAGCAGUAGCAUUUUGGGAUAGUUGAAUGUCAUGCUGUGAAAAGAAAAGACACACUCUUGCUAUGAGCACCAGGCUACAAGACAAUACAGGUUGAGGUCCUCAGAAGCAGCAAUUACAUAUAUGUGGCUCGACACCAAAAGCUUGUGUGAGACCAUGCGGAAGAUUUAGAGUUUUCUAGUCCAAGAUCAUCCUUUCGCACGGUCUCUGUCAUCAUGCUAAUGUACAUUACAGGUAGGAAUGAAUUCAAGUGCUUUGUGAGACUGUCUGAAUCAUGAUUUCCCAUCUGUGGCUCGACCUGCUGUCUCUGUGUACUUAUCUCAUGUCGUGGCUUCAGACGAACACAACCCUCAGCCGACCUGCAGGGGUGUGUGCGAGACGAAAAACGCGUCUCGCUGUUCCUGACAGCGACACCGGCUGUUUUCUCUUCUCUCUACUUUGGCUUCGAUCGUUCUCGCAGGACAGCGUUUUUUCUCAUUUUGUGAUGCAGCAUACAGUGUGUGUUUUUAAUGUGAAACAAUUAAAUUAAAAAAAAGU